UACUGCCAUCAUUAUAAUAGCGUUAUCAUUAUAUUGUUCUCAUUUCGUUGCUAGCUUUGCUACUUUCCAUUUUUGUUGUUAUUGUUCGCCUUUCUGUCAUGUGAACACGUUUUUACAGCUCACAGCUCAUAACUCUUUGCCAGUCACUGUCAAAGGUUAAACUUCAUUUCCGUUCCAACCACCGUAGUCCACCCACGUCACAUAUUCCAUUAAUAUCAUAUCCUGCAGCCAGAUUUCUUCAUUAAGCGCCAAAGGAAACAGGAAACACAAAACAGAGUGAAUUUGUGAACCAUUUAUCCAGAAAAUAACCUAAAAAAACCCCCCUCGCGAUGAAUCGCAUUCAGUUAAUCACGGCUUCCGUGCGAACGACAAAUCGCAUGAAUGCCUUGCUCUCUGAAUCUAUGCUGGGGCGACGCAAAGCCUUGACGAAAAUGGCAACUGUUGACGGUGACAAUGAUGGCGAGGAGGGAAAUUCAAAACCACCACGAGAUUGGGAGUUUUUUAGAACCAAUUUUAGCAUGGAACAAGUUUACAAACUAAUAGAGUCCUCCAUUGAAGAACGUUUGACUUGGGAUCGUUUCAGUCGUUCGUACGAUUCAUGGCGUUCUCUGCAAUUGGCCGAAAGUCUGGCCAGUGAUAUACGUGAUCGGGUGCGAGGAUUUAAUCAUAAGAGACAUCGCAUUGUUUGCAUUUUAUCUGUGAUUGAGAAGCAGAAUCAAGGCAUUCACAUGAGCAUGCGCCACCUAAUGGAUGAGAAAAUGGAUAAUUUCACCAAACUUGUCUAUGAAAGACCAUCGUAUUUUAUUGUGGUUGUCGUUUAUUUAGUACACAAAGAUUAAAAAUAAAGAUUUUGUAAAUAUUGGUUUAUUUUAAAAUUUAGGAAAACAGUAAUAAA